CGAAUCGGACGCGAAAUGCUUGAAUCCAACGGAUAUUCGGACCCACUGCUCCGAGUGAUUUUUGGAUAAUAUUUCAUUCGUUUCGUACUCAACGGUCGGAAUAGCCGCUCACGAUUCUGUGAGUUCGCCUGCUGGAUGCUCGGAUCGAACGGAACGUGAUUUCUGAAAUAUUUAUAUUCAUGAAGUUCAUAAAUUCUGAAAUACUAAAGAAGCUUCCUUUAGCAUCAUAAAAAUAUACUUUUUUAAAUGUUCAAAUUAAAUAAAAAUGCCAACAGUGCGAAAACAGCGUUAAAUAAAUACUUAAAAAACAAAAAUAAAGCUGAAAACUUUUGCUAAAUUUUACUUGCUUAAAAAUAAAUAUACUUCGUUCACAUAAUACACAAAAUUUUAAUAAAUCUUCUUUAAUUACAAUUCAAUAUAAGAAAUAAGUUGGAAGAACAUUUCUAAAACUUCAAUUUAUUCAACUGGAAAUGAAUGGUAAAAUCAAGUAAAAGUCGCAAACUAAAAAGCUAACAUUGCGCAGUGCUGGAAAUUUUAAUUUGUGAUUUAAUCAUGUGAAAAACUUAAAACAAAGUGCGAAAAGCAGACAACUCUGUAGGACAACGCUAAGAUAACUCAUCCUUUAAACCACCGCUUAAAUUGAGGAAAAAUCGAUCUAGAAGCUGGGCCCGUUAUUAGCGGCUUGAGGAGGCCACACAGCACACACGUAACUUUGAUGAUGAUGAUGACGAGGCAGACAUCGAGGUCCUGGCAACAGGAAUCGGAAGUGGAGCAACGAAAACAACAUAAACAACCAAGCCGAACUGAUGGGGCAAACAUAUCAGCGGCUUACGACCGUAACAGUGAUAAUGACGACGGCCACCACGGGGUGGUGCAUAAUGAAAACAACGACGGCAGCCCGGGCAGCUCAACGAAUUUUAGCACUUCCGACUUCCGACAGCGGGAACCCACCGGACAGCGGAGCUCGCCACCCCGGAUGCUCCAUCCCAUCCCAGUCUCCAACCCCAUCUCCAGCUGGACACUGCUGCUCACCCUGCUCUCGAUUUCUGCCCUGACAUCCUCCGCAAAUGUCUCAACCACCAGCAAUCUGCCCAUCAACAGUAGCGCCGAUUACACACUGCUCUACGGGGACUCCACAACCGCCCUGAUUCCCGCCCAGACCACCGGGAUCUCGGGGGCCGGAGGCGACGGAGUGGAGCUCGAGGACGAGGAGGAGGCGGAGAAGGCCAGCGAAUACAUCUUCGAUCGCACCGAUGUGCGCAUUAUAUUCAUCACCCUCUACACUCUGGUGUUUUGCUGCUGCUUCUUUGGUAACCUACUUGUAAUUUUGGUGGUCACCUUAUCGCGACGUCUGCGCUCAAUCACGAAUUUUUUCCUGGCGAACUUGGCAUUUGCAGACUUCUGUGUCGGACUCUUUUGCGUGAUGCAGAACCUGUCCAUCUAUCUAAUUGAAAGCUGGGUGUUCGGCGAGUUCCUGUGUCGCAUGUACCAGUUCGUCCACUCCCUGAGCUACACGGCCUCGAUCUUCAUCUUGGUUGUCAUUUGCAUGGAACGCUACUUCGCCAUAGUGCACCCCAUAACCUGCAAGCAGAUCCUGACUGCAGCCCGAUUGAGGAUGGUCAUUGUCACAGUUUGGAUUACAUCGGCGGUGUACUCGACGCCCAAGUUUGUCUUCAGCAAGACCAUCAAGAACAUUCACACGCAGGACGGCCAGGAGGAGGAGAUCUGUGUCCUGGACCGCGAGAUGUUCAACUCCAAGUUGCUGGACAUGAUUAACUUCGUGCUGCUCUACGUAAUGCCGCUGCUAGUGAUGACGGUGCUGUACAGCAAAAUCGCCAUUGCCCUGUGGCGCAGUUCGCGGGGCCUCACGCCGCAUGUGGCGCAGCAUCAUCCGCACCAGCAGCCGCAGCAGGCAGCCUGCCAGGAGGGCGGCAUGGGCAUGGGCAUGCACAACAGCAUGUACCAGCACCACCCGCACCACCACCACCAGAUGCACCACCAGCUGCCUCCAGCGGCGUCAGCAGCCACCUCGGCAGGAUCUGCUGCUCAGAAAGGAGUGGCAGUGGGUGGCGCUCCUGGCUCGUCACUCGCCUCCGCCGGCAGCAGCACCACCUCCCUGUCCCGCAAACAGAGCAGUAAAUAUGAGAAGCGCGGCGUCAGCAUCACGGAGAGUCAGCUUGAUAAUUGCAAGGUGUCCCUGGAGGCCGAUCGUCCCAUUGUCAGCGCCUGCCGCAAGACGAGCUUCUAUCACCACUCCCAUGCGCACCACCAGCGGUCAGGAGGCGCCUCCGGGGGCGGUGGACUGGGAGGGGGCGGGGCCGGCGGGGCCACCCACAUGUCCCACUCGUCCAGCAAUGUCCUGCGAGCCCGGCGCGGAGUCGUCCGCAUGCUGAUAAUAUUCGUGCUGACAUUCGCCCUCUGCAAUCUGCCGUAUCAUGCCCGCAAAAUGUGGCAGUACUGGUCACGUUCGUAUCGCGGUGAUUCCAAUUUUAAUGCGCUGCUAACGCCGCUCACCUUUCUGGUCACGUACUUCAAUUCGGGCGUAAAUCCCCUCCUCUACGCCUUCCUGAGUCGCAAUUUUCGGAAGGGCAUGAAGGAGUUGCUCCUGUGCUCCUGGAAGAAGGGCAAGGGCAAGUCGUCCUCGAACUCCUCGAUGCACCACAAGCGCAAGGCGCUGCAGACCCACUCCCUGCCCACGGACACCACGCACAUCGGGAACGAGCAGCUAUGAUGGCCCCGCGGCUGGAGGAGGCCCCUCAAGCUCUUCGGGCGACGCUCCUAGGACCCCCAUUCGCACCCAUCCCUCCGAGGGAUGCACCCCGCUGCUCUUCGGGUCCGCUAGCUAGCUGUCAUUUCAUUGUGAUUUCGGGAAGCCUACUGCGCGGGAUCGAAUCGAGACGCUUCGCGGAACCGUCUCCUAGCCGGUGUCAAGUUCUAUUGAUAGAGUAAGCCAAUUUUUAAGGAAAAACCAAAUAAAACUACUGUGCAUGCAUCUCCAUGAGCAACGCUGUCAAGUUCUUAGUGUAAGCUUGUAACUUAAGAGUGUCAAAAUAAAUAAAUGAAGAAAAACUGCAAAGUUCA